UAAGGAAUCCAAUCACAGACCAGGGGCUUGUCCCUGCUACAAUGUAUUGGAAUAGACUGGAUGUGAAUUGGCCUGCCUUGCAGUGACAGGGGGAGCUUCACACUCAAUCAGGGGAGCAGCCAACACACCCCCAGCUCCUGUGGAGGAGGAACGCAGCAUCUUGUGUAGGAGACACUUUGCAUCUCGUAUAGUAAUCUGCGUGGUCAGGGUUGGACAUUUAGGUGGCCGGACAGCAGCCUCCUUCUGACUCAUUCCUAAGCCCCUCCGCGUUAGAGAGAGUGUCAGGACGUCUGUGGAAUUCUGUGGCUGAUUGCUGCGUUCCAGCACAUGGGAGGGAGGUGGUUCUUCAUUCCGAUGCUUGAGUAAUAUCGCUCGGGAAAUGAGGUGCAUUGGUGCUGAGAGGAGAGCAGUGCUGGCCCCAGGAAGCGCAGCGCAGAGCCAGCGCCGGUGUGAUGCAUGACACGCAGUGACAAGCGACACGGAGGCGCAGUGCAGCUCAAAAAAAACCAUGACAGGACAUCUCUUAUCACUAACUGUCUACUUUGGCAUCACGCUUUAUGGAGUCCUGGCUACAGAAUUAAAUGGAACAACACCAGCUUACACCAUCUCACCAACUUCUACAAACUCUCCUGAGAAGGACACAGGUUCUUUGAUUACCUCGGUAUUGGUUCCUCUGAUUGUGUGCUUCCUUCUCAUCCUCCUGGGUGGAUACCUAUUAAGGUCCAGAAAACACAGAAAAGCAGAUGUUAACUCCAGUGAUAAGAAGAUGCCCAAUGGAAUCUUAGAAGAACAAGAACAACAAAGAGUGAUGUUGCUCAGCAAUUCCCCCACUGUCUUCAAGAAGUAUUUUCCAAUUCCAGUGGAGAAUUUGGAAGAAGAGGUCCGGAUAAGAUCAGCAGAUGAUGGAAAACUGUUUCGAGAGGAGUAUAAUUCAUUACCACCCGGUAAUAUACAUGGAUCACUUGAAGUGGCAAAUAAGGAAGAAAGCAAAGAGAAGAACCGAUAUCCCAAUAUACUUCCCUAUGACCACUCCAGAGUUAUUUUAACAACAGCUGAAGGAGUGCCGUGUUCAGACUACAUUAACGCUUCGUACAUAGAUGGCUAUAAGGAAAAGAAUAAAUUUAUAGCUGCUCAAGGCCCAAAACAAGAUACUGUCAACGACUUCUGGAGAAUGAUUUGGGAGCAAAAAUCAGCUACAAUAGUCAUGCUCACCAACCUGAAAGAAAGAAAAGAGGAAAAAUGCUACCAGUACUGGCCUGACCAAGGCUGUUGGCUGUAUGGAAAUAUAAGAGUCUCUGUCGAAGAUGUGAUAGUACUCGUAGACUACACAGUCCGCAAGUUCUGCAUACAACCUGUGCAUGAUGGAUGCAAAGCUCCCAGGCUGAUAACACAGCUGCAUUUUACCAGCUGGCCUGACUUCGGAGUGCCCUUCACGCCAAUCGGCAUGCUGAAAUUCCUAAAGAAAGUGAAAUCACUAAAUCCAGCUCAUGCUGGACCCAUCAUUGUCCACUGCAGUGCUGGUGUAGGACGAACAGGCACCUUUAUUGUGAUAGAUGCCAUAAUUGACAUGAUGAAUGAAGAAAAGAAGGUUGACGUCUAUGAUUUUGUUAGCAAAAUCCGGAAUCAGCGUCCUCAGAUGGUUCAAACUGAAAUGCAGUAUUCAUUCAUUUAUCAAGCCUUAUUGGAGUACUACCUCUAUGGCGACACAGAACUUGAUGUGGCCUCUUUGGAAAAGCAUCUCCAAACUCUCUACAGCCCAGCGCCACAUUUUGAAAAAAUCGGGCUUGAACAAGAAUUUAAAAAAUUAACAAAUGUUCGGAUAAUGAAGGAGAACAUGAGAACAGGGAAUUUGCCAGCCAACAUGAAGAAAGCCAGGGUGAUUCAGAUUAUCCCAUAUGACUUCAACAGAGUUAUUCUUUCAAUGAAGAGAGGAGAAGAAUACACAGAUUAUAUCAAUGCUUCAUUUAUUGAUGGCUAUCGACAAAAAGACUAUUUUAUUGCCACUCAAGGACCUUUGCCACACACCGUGGAAGAUUUCUGGAGAAUGGUGUGGGAAUGGAAGUCUCACACAAUUGUCAUACUCACAGAGCUGCAAGAAAGAGAGCAGGAAAAAUGCUGUCAGUACUGGCCUUCGGAGGGUUCGGUAACAUAUGGAGAAAUCAGCAUAGAAAUUAAAAGUGACCGUAUUGUAGACACAAUAAGUGUGAGAGACUUCAUAGUUACAUGUAGCCAGGAAAAAAUUACCAGUUUGGUUCGGCAAUUUCAUUUUCAUGGCUGGCCCGAAAUAGGGAUUCCCGUGGAAGGGAAAGGAAUGAUUGACUUGAUUGCAGCCGUCCAGAAACAGCAACAACAAACAGGAAAUCAUCCUAUCGUCGUGCAUUGCAGUGCUGGUGCUGGCAGAACAGGAACAUUCAUUGCCCUCAGCAAUAUCUUGGAGCGAGUGAAAGCCGAAGGGCUUCUUGAUGUUUUCCAAACUGUGAAAAGUUUACGCAUGCAGAGGCCUCAUAUGGUGCAAACUCUGGAACAGUAUGAAUUCUGCUACAAAGUGGUACAAGACUUCAUUGACAUAUUUUCAGAUUAUGCAAAUUUCAAGUAAAGGGCUUAGUCGUAAAAAAAAUGAUUCAUAUGUGUAAUCAUGUAAUAUUCAGAAUAUAUUUGUAAGUUAAUGCGUCUUGGUUUUGAAAAAAAGCUUAUUUUGUAUUCUCCUCUACUACCAAAUUACAACGUGCUAUGUGCUUCUUCUUAAAUUGUUAAACACAGCAGCAUUUCCGUGUUGUAUAAAGACAGAAAAUACCAAUCAUGAUGGGAAGCAGACCUAUGUAUAGUAAUGUAUAUAUUUAUUUAUUUACAACAUAAGAUGUAUAUUACAAUGCCAUACAUUUUCAGAGACUAUACAAAUUUCUAUUUGUUGUUUGCUUUUUAUGUCAUAAAUAUUGAAAAAAAAAUUAAAUACCAGAAGAUAUAA